AUGUUUGGCGUGCUCUCGCGCCCUAUGAAGACGGCGUAUGUGCCGGCUCGUGCUUUGACGGCGUCGCGCUGGUACUCGGACAAGGCGGAGGACAAGAGCUCAGAGACCACGCCGAAGUCGGACGAGGCUAAGGACGCGUCUGCCGACCAGAAGGGCGAAGAGGGCAAGUCGCUGGAGGAGCAGAUUAAGGAAAAGGAUGCCCGUAUUAAGGCUCUUUCUGACGACAUUCUAUACACCAAGGCGGAGCUGCAGAACCUGCAGCGCCGUUCUGCGGAGGAGAAGAAGACAGCGGGUGACCAUGCGAUCACUCGCUUGGCGAAGGAUCUCACGAACUCGAUUGAUGUGCUGGACCUUGCCAUAAAGUCUGUGCCUGAGGCUUUUCAUAAGAGCAAGGAUGGCGCUGCGGACUCGGAGCGUGUCCUGGCCGAGCUCUUUGAUGGUGUGAGUCUUACACGCAAGAGUAUGCUGGAUAUGCUGCGCACGCACGGUAUUGAGGCGUUCGACCCUGUGGGUGAGAAGUUUAACCCUACUAUGCACGAUGCGCUGUACCAAGCCCCUGUGCCGGGCAAGGAGCCUGGUUCGGUGCUGGACUGCAGCAAGGUAGGCUACACCAUCAAAGGCCGCCUUUUGCGUGCCGCGCAGGUCGGUGUAGUGCAAGAGACGUCGUAA